AUGAAUUCCAUCCCAAUCGAUCUCUUUCACGAGAUCUUCACGAGAUUGCCUGCGAAGUCAAUCGGGAAGUUUUGUUGCGUUUCGAAGCAAUGGGCGUCCAUACUUGACCGUCAAGAUUUCACCGAACUGUUUCUGACCAGGUCCUCGACCCGUCCACGUCUCUUAUUUGCUGUCCAACGAUACGGUGAGUGGCUCUUCUUCUCGUCGCCUCAAACUCAGAAUCCGUAUGAGAAGUCAUCUCUUGCACUAGCUGCCGAUUUUCAUAUAAAGUUACGUUUAGACGAAGGCUACUACAGAUGUGAGUAUACUUCUGGUUUGAUCUAUUUCUCUGGUACGAAGAGCCAAGUGAUAUGCAAUCCUAUCACAGGACAACAUGCGAUAUUACCUAAAGCGGACAGAGAGUUGAGAAGUUUUUUUGGGUUUGAUCCGAUUGACAAGCAAUACAAGGUAUUGCUUAUCAAUAAAAUAGGUGAUGAUGAAAGGGCUUAUCAUAUUCUGACACUAGGAAGUGGAAUAAUGAGGUGGAGGAUGAUCCAGUGUCCCUUUACCCAUUAUGUUUAUCAUACGUGUAAAAGGAUAUGCAUCAAUGGGGUUUUGUAUUACUUAGCUGGACUACCUGAUGAAAGGUAUAAGUACGGUAGUGUAGGUGUGAUAGUUUGCUUUGAUGUUAGGUUUGAGAAAUUCACGUUUAUUGAUGGAGAGUGCUUUACCGAUGGGCAUAAUACUAUAUUGGUCAACUAUAAGGGUAAAUUAGGUGGGAUUAGUAUGACAUAUGACAAGUCUGAUGUCUUUGAGUUACGUAUUUGUGUUCUAGAGGAUGUCGAGAAACAAGAAUGGUCUAAACGAGUCCAUUUUAUAUCUCGGAUGCGUGAGAAAGUCAUUGAACCCUGGCCCUGGAAUAUUUACGUUGUUGGGGUGACUGCUACAGGUGAGAUUGUUUUAUCUGAAAAGUAUACACAUAAACCUAGUUAUGUAUACUACUUCAACCACGAAAGGAACACUCUCAAAAGUGUUGAAAUCCAAGGUGUUGGAGAAUACAAAGAAUGGUUUAAUCAACAUAGAGUUUAUUACGCUUUUUCAGACCAUGUAGAAAAUCUUAGUUUUGACGAUUCAGAGCAACUCAAGUCAAGCUUCACACAGUAG